ACGCGCUCGAUCGCGAGGACACGUCUCUGGUACUACAUCUCGUAGACACUGCGACUCAUGGCUUUGACUCUCGGCACGAUUCUCUAUGUCGCUGUUCUCCUCAUCAACGCCAUGGCUGUCCUCAGUGAGGACCGCUUUUUAGCGCGCAUCGGCUGGUCAUCAACACAACCUCAAACAGUAGCUGCAGGAUUUUCCCAGCCAUAUGCCGCCGCAUAUGACCAGCCAGGAUAUCAAAGUGGACAGGAGGUGUCCAUGAAAGCCCGGCUCAUCAAUCUUAUCAGCGCGGUACGGACAUUGAUGCGAAUACCUCUCAUUGGACUGAAUUUGGUCAUCAUUGUAUACGAACUCAUACUGGGUUACUGAAUGUGCAAAUACAUAGCGUUCCCUAUCCGCCAUAUGUUCGUCAAACAAUACCGGUACUACUCAGUCUUCGCCGUCGCUGUUGCUGUCCUCGUUGAGCUUCUGAUACUCCUCAUUGAUUUGUCUGAUGAAGUCGUGGGCCGUAUGACCGUUCUGGGGCACUCCUGAGCACAAAUAGUCAUGGAAUAUCAUGAUGUGCUUCGUACCUCGCAUUCCUUCCAUGUACCGUCGUGAAUGCAGACUUGUUUGCC